AGUAAAGAAGCCGUCAUUCCCUGCAUUCAUCCGUGUUGUGGUGGUGGCUGUGUUGGAGAAUGGCAGGAAUAUGAAGACUGUGGGGAUGAUGAAGUAACUUCUUUACUCAGACAAGGAAUGAGACUAACUACACACUUAGCUAUGAUAUUUUUUGUAAUAGUUUUUCUAGUAGGUAACAACUGACGUGUAUAGCCAAGUACUCUGUAGCACACUGUACUGUAGCAUGUUGUCUAAUGCUUUGCUAAAUGUAGUAUGUUAGUUUGGUGUCACAAAUCGCAAGACAUAGACGUUUUAGAUGCUUUCCAGGCACAUUUGUCUGUGACAUAAUUAAUAUAUGAUGGCAGUGUUUGGAGCAAGAGCAGUUCUUCGAAACCUGAGGUCCACGUUUCAAAGAGCAGCCGUUUUUAGUAGAAGCACAUUAGUCAAGAGUUCCCGGCCUUGUCUAGUCGAGAGAAGACAAAUUUUCAUCCACAUCCCCAAGGUUACGUUGCUGUGUUGGGGCACCGUCAGUGCAACCUCCUUUGUAGCAAAAUGCCAAGAAGCAUCUGUGCCAGCACAAAUCAAACCGAGAAAUUCACUUGUCAAAGUCCAAGUACACAGACUCGUCUUCCUCCUCCACCUUGGCCUGCGUGCAUUAGUCCUAUUCCUGAAAUUCGGUCCCAUUCUUCUCCUCUCCCCUUUGGUUCUGGUCUCCACUCGAUGGGCGUCGUUCUGGCUGGACGCCCUGCUGUGGGUGACGGAAAGCUCGGGCGCUACCUUCAUCAAGCUGGGACAGUGGGCCAGCACCAGACGGGACAUCUUCUCUGAGGACUUCUGCGAACGCUUCUCCAGACUCCACGUGAAGGUGCGACCCCAUCCCUGGGCUCACACCAAGCAGUGUCUCAGGAGGGCCUUCGGGGAUGGAUGGAGAAAUGUGCUGAUGUUCGAGAGCAAAGAGCCGGUGGGUUCAGGGUGUGUGGCGCAGGUUUACCGCGGCUGGGCCAAGAAGGACCAAGUGGACGACCCGGCCUUCCAGACACUGGUGGAAGAGUUGGAUAAAGAGGACCUACUGGAAGCCUGGGAGAUUCCUGGUUUGGGAGGAGUGGCGAGCUCCCUGUGGAAUCUGUGGAAGGGGAACACUGACGAUGAGGGGCAGCAUGAGCAGAACAUCUCACAGAAAGAUCACAUGAUACCUGUCGCCAUUAAGGUGGUCCAUCCAGGCAUCAAAAGGCAGGUGGAGAUCGACCUGCUGCUGAUGAAGGCCGGUAGCUGGCUCCUGCACUGUCUGCCUGGACUCAAGUGGCUCAGCCUGUGCGAGAUUGUUGCCGAAUUUGAGAAGCUCAUGACCAAACAGAUCGACCUUCGUUUCGAGGCCAGAAACAUCGAGCACUUUCGGGAGAACUUCCGCCAGGUGGAUUAUGUGAAGUUCCCGACUCCCUUACGGCCUUUCGUCACCAGGACCAUUUUAGUUGAAACCUUCGAGGAGAGCGAGCCCAUUUCCAAUUACCUGAGAGGCGAGGUUCCUCAGGAGGUGAAGCAGAAGAUUGCCAGGAUGGGCGUCGACACCCUGCUGAAAAUGGUGUUCGUGGACAAUUUUGUCCACGGUGAUCUCCACCCAGGAAACAUCCUGGUGCAAUGCGUGGACCCAGUGGCAGGCUCCAAGGGCAGCGGUAAAACCACCCUCACUGACUUGUGGGACACGGUGGUGGUGAGCUUCCGACCCGAGCCCAGUCCCUUCAAACUGGUGUUGCUGGACGCCGGCAUCGUGGCCCAUCUGAGCCAGCACGACCUCGCCAACUUCAAGGCCGUCUUUACCGCCGUGGUGCAGCGUCAGGGUGAUCGCGUCGCAGAGCUGAUCCUCCAUCACGCUCGGGCCAACGAGUGCAGAGACGUGCCGCUCUUCAAGAAGGAGAUGGCGGAGCUGGUGGACGGAACCCUCAGGAGAACGCUGUCUCUCGGAAAGGUCCAGGUCGCGGACUUGCUAUCCAGAGUCUUCGGUCUCCUCAUCAAACACAAAGUGAAGCUGGAGAGCAACUUUGCGUCUAUAGUUUUUGCCAUCAUGGUGCUGGAAGGCCUGGGCAGGUCCUUGGACCCCAACCUGGAUAUCCUGGACUUGGCCAAACCUUUGCUGCUCAAGAACUCUUCCUCGUCAUAAUCACACAUUACAAGUUUUGAUGCCAAAAUACCUCAACAAGUUUUGUGUCUGUAAAUAUCGGGUGAAUGAUCACAGUGCAAUGGUGCAAGAAGAAAAAAAAAAGGAAUUUCCUCAUAGUGGCAGAAGGUUACUUAACUGCAGAGAGUAUGUGGCGUUACGAUAAAAGGUUAUGGUGUUUGGUUUUGUUUUUUGCAUACACAAUAGUGUAUUGAAACUCUAAAAUCUAGCCUGGGAUUUUGACUAAACAUGCUUUUUACUGGGAACACAGUUUUGUGUGUCUGUAGCUUUAAUGCUAAUGAGCUGUUGUGUACUCGAUCCAUUUGUGACAUAUGCACCCUAACUCUAUACAUGUCCAACACAACAUUGAAGAGUGAGCGUGAGAAGGGACACAAUCGCUAGCAACACUAGCCUAGCUAUGUGACGCUAAAGUGCUAACACUACACUCACAUUUUAACAUCAUGAUAGACUAAAACAAAAUCCUCAAACUUGGCUCCUACAGUACGUCUAUAGUUGAUUUUAAGAUGUGUAGAGAAGCCUUUUUAAAACAUUUUGGAACAUAUUAUAUACAAUUUAAAAUGAAUAAAAAAUCAUGUUUGCGUAACGGGGCCUUUUGGACAUUUAUUAGAGGGGAAGCUUUAAAUUGUGCAGAUACAUUUUCCAAUAUACUGUAUAUCUUUAUUUUUCCUGAAAUGUGUUUAUAUUAAACUAGUGUUUACAGUACACAGCAGGUGCAUGGAGGCAUGUUUUAUGAUGGGGUAUGGCAUCUAUUGGAGCGGAGGCCACUAUUUGAGGAAUGCUGUGAGUAGAUUUUUUUUGUAUUUUUAGGUCAUUAAUGUAUUUUUAUGUUUAUUUUUCCACAAAAAAUAUCUGCUCUGUUACCUCAUAAAUUGGUGGGAACACACGCGAUGAAACAUAUCCAUCCAUAAUAAAGGGAAUCCAUGCUAAUUUGU